CCGACGGAAGGACGCAGAGGACGAGCACACUUCCUGCAGCAACAGUGUCUCUUUAUGUCGGGCUUUUAUUCUCGUGUUGUCUCGGUGAUGGAUCGCAGCAGGUCUCCGGACAGAGCUGGCAGAGAUAAAAAACACGAGAAGAGAAAGAAACGAACCCGGUCCUCCUCGACCUCCUCCUCUUCGUCCUCCUCGUCGUCUUCCUCAUCCAGCAGCAGGAGCCGAAGCAGAUCAUCGAAGAAGUCUCACAAGAGUCAAGAUGUGAAAACACAAAAAAAGAAGCGUAGAAAAAGGAGCUCCUCUUCCUCCUCCUCUUCGUCGUCCACCUCCUCCUCCUCCUCCUCCUCGUCCUCCUGCUCGUCGAGCGAGGUGAAGACGAAGGGGAAGAAGAGCAAAGCCAAGAAGAAGAAGUCCAAGAAGAAAAAGGCGAAGCUGAAGAAGCUGAAGAGGAGGAAGAAGGAGAAAAAGAAGAAAAAGAAGGAGGAGAAGCUCCUGAAAAAGAAGGAGAGGAAGAAGAAAGUGGAGGUGGUGCAGCUGCCCAGUCCUCCCGUGGAGAAACCUCCAUCCUGCCUGGAGGUGUGGCAGAGUGAUGAGGGGGCAGUGGAGCUGGGACCUGUGAUGACCGAUGAACAGAAGGCCCGACUCUCCACUAAGAGACCCCUAACUAAAGAGGAGUACGAGGCCAGACAGAGCGUGAUCCGCAGGGUGGUGGACCCCGAAACAGGACGCACCAGAUUGGUGAGAGGAGAAGGAGAGAUCAUAGAGGAGAUCGUCAGCCGAGAAAAACAUAAAGACAUCAACAAGCAAGCCACCAAGGGGGACGGGAACGCCUUCCAGAGGAAACUGGGAGUCAACAGGUAGAAGAUUCCCUGAACUGCGUCAAGAAGCUGAAUUUUUAUAUUCUGAUUUGAAACAGUUGCCUGUGAUAUAACUGUAUAUUGCUGAAGGUACACAAUGACUGGGACGUGUACUGUAGCCGUACACUAGUGAGUUUUAAUCCAGGUGAAAGCCGGUUUCUCCUGUUGAUUCGCCUUAAGUCUACGCUGAUCACAAAGGAGAUAUAAACAGAAGCAGGUGAGUUGGUGAUCGACUCAGCUGAGAUCUGCCUUAGGAACUGUACACGAGGAAGACAAAUAGUUUGCACAUUCGACGCGUAUUUACACUGAUUAAUGCUUAUUUAUUUUGUCCACGUUUUAAGCGUAUCAGUGAGUACAUUUAAGGAUCGACCCUGAAUGGACUGCAAGUAGAGUCUUCAGUUUCCUGUUGUAGAGUUGUGACCAUUUAAAUGUUUUCUUCAUUUGAAAUUAACGAUUUAUAGUUAAAAUCAAAAAUAUUAAGAAGCUGAUUUGUUCAGUAUCCUGUUGGACUCUACAAACCCUUUUUUUAAAUUUUGGCUACAUACUCUACACCCACUCAUGAAUCUCUUCUCACCUUUAAAUCUCACAUUUGGUUUCUUUUUGGUUCUCUGAAGAAAUCUGCAUUUGUGUGAACUGAUCCCAGAAAAAUAAACCGUUGGUGUGAACUGCAUCAAAUUUUUUAUCUGAA